CACCCCGAAGGAUUCCAUGCCCGCUGUUGCUAUCAUGGCUAAUAGUGGCGGCCUGGCGACGACCUCUUCCUCCGAGAAGACCCCCGGCGCCGUCCCUCGCCGGCCCAGAAUCUCCGCCUCCUCCUCCUGGAAAUGCCGCGGGGGUCUGGCCGCUGUCCUGCGCCUCGUCGCGGAAGAGGAGCAGCUCGGAGCUGGAGAGCUCUGGGGCCCUUCGCUAAACGGUGAGAAUGUUGUGGUUCUGGAAGGAUGUUUAAGUAAUGAAAACAUAGCUCCUUGUUUUCUCUAUUUGCACUGUGAUCCCCACGGUUCUGAAGAAAUUAUGAGUCUUGGCAUUAUUAGUGAAGCACGGAAUAUGGAAGUAUAUAUAGAAGAAGAAUAUUAUGCAACUGGUAGAGGAGAAAAAGUUCUUGGUAUCCAAAAUGGCAGCAAAAAUGACCAGGUUACAUUAUACAAAAAACAUCUAAAAUUGGAGUGCCCCACAACCUCUUGUAAAGUUAAGCUACUGUCCAUCAAAGAAAAACAUAAAGUACUGAUCAGCAGAAUCUUAGUUCAAGUUUCUAUGAAACCUGUUCCAGACUUUUCUGCAAUAGGAUCUGGCAUUGACUUGGACAGAGUGCAAUCUAUAAUGGAAUCUAUGGGAUCAAAAUUGUCACCUGGUGCUCAGCAGCUCCUGGAUAUGGUUCACUUUCAACAAAAGAAUGGUCUCUCUUUUGGAAGCAAGUUACCAAAUAUCUUUGAGAGAACAGGAUUUGGGUUUAAAAACAAUCAUGCUGUUGAUGGAUUGCAAAAGGCAUCUGAUCUUGGAAGACUAAACCACUUGCCCAGUGGACCCGCUGCUCUUAAAUUUAGUUCAACAGCUGGGGAAGUUCCAGAAGAUUUAAAAACCUACAGUAAUAUAAACAAGCAAACAUCUAGCACAGAUAGUGCUUUGCAAUCUCAGUUGGUCCUCACAUCACAGCAUAAUUCCAUACUUUCUCAAAAUGACUUUAAAGGCUUGGUGUCAUCAUUUUUACAAGAGCAAGCAAAUGAAACCUCAAACGCAUCCAGUUCAACAUUUUUCCUUCCAUUUCUUCAAACUGUAUGCGGACAAGUGAAUCGCUUGCGAAUAGAUGAAACGAAUGAACACCAUGAGAACAACUCUGGAUCUGAAGAUCACACAGCUGAAGCUGCUCGAGUGGAACAACAACCUGCUUGCCUCUAUGUGGAAGAAGUAAUCUCCAAACGUAUGGAACUGAUGGAGAAGAAAUUAACAAACUAUAUUGAUCUGCGCAUGCAGAAACUUCAAGAACAGCUUGAUACUAAAGUGGCUGCCAUAAUGGGUUUACUUCAGAAUUCUAAAAAUAUCACACGAGAUCAUGAUCCUGCAAAAGAAGGAAACUCUAGUGGUAACACGUAGGCAGUCCUUGAAAAAUGCAAGAUCUUAAUGUAGUUUCCAAUGUCAAGUAUUUAUUUUGCUAGCCUUUCAAAAGUUCAUGGUUACAAGCUUGCAGAUAUUUGAAUCCUUAGUAUUUGUACUUGUUGCAUUUCCCCCCAGUAUUGCACACUAAUGUUUCUAUACCUGUACCCUGCAAAAUACUUUUUUUACAGUUGAAAGAAUUUUUCUACAUCUACUUUAUAUAUAUUUAUUCAGAAACAUUUCCAAAAAAUUACUUUUUAAAAUGUUUGUCAACUUCCUGUUAAACAGAUGGGAGAUGUCUUCUGGUUUUUUUUUUAAGUUUGCUGCAUUAUAUCUGAACUAGUUUCCUAGUUGUAAUGUAACAAGCAACACAUUUAAAUUAAAUCCAUUAUUUUUGGUUAUUUAAA